GGAUGACGGGCGUGCACGCGUCCAUGCCUGCAUUACAGCUCUCCUGCUACCUGCGUGUCUACUGCGGCAGGCACCAGCCCACAGGAGAGCUGAUGCUGGAGCCGAUUCUUUGGGAGCCAGGUGAGGAGCCACCGGUAAAAGCGACGGUGGAGACGCAGACCGAGACGACCCAGGAGGACGUGCCGCCGCCAAAACCACGAGGCGAUUGGCCUCGAGCACCUCCCGAGCCUCCCACGGACUCCGCGAUGUUCCCUGCGGAAAUCCGACUGGGGCGAGAUGCAAGCGAGCAGAUAGAGGAGGAGGUCAUCGUUGUCGCCCCGCAGCCACAGGCACCCGCGGAGGGCCCAACUCCAGCGCUGCCGCUGGUGUCGCAGCUGGUGAGGGAACUCAUGCAGCUUGCCGACGAGACGGCCUGAGAUCGGUCCAUGAGGUCAGCUGACAGGAGGACCCUCCAAGGGGACACGGAUCUUCCAGGUACCCUC